AUGGCCCGUACCAAGCAGACCGCUAGGAAAUCGACAGGAGGCAAAGCUCCGAGGAAGCAGCUGGCAACCAAAGCCGCCAGGAAGAGUGCUCCGGCCACCGGGGGUGUGAAGAAGCCUCACAGGUAUAGGCCCGGUACAGUCGCUCUCAGACAAAUCAGGAGGUACCAGAAGAGUACCGACCUGCUCAUCAGGAAACUCCCGUUCCAGAGGUUGGUGAGGGAGAUCGCCCAGGACUUCAAGACCGACCUGAGGUUCCAGAGCUCGGCCGUCCUGGCCCUCCAGGAGGCCAGCGAAGCCUAUCUCGUAGGUCUCUUCGAGGAUACCAACUUGUGCGCCCUCCAGGCCAAGAGGGUGACUAUUAUGCCUAAGGAUAUCCAGCUGGCUCGCCGUAUCCGCGGAGAACGAGCCUAA